AUGUCAGGAUCAUUUUGGAAAUUUAGUAAUGGAUUUACUUCACUAUCUAAUAUAACAACUUUACUUGAAAAUUUUAAUAUCAGUCAAGAACAACAACUGGAACAAGAAUUUGAAAAUGAUGAUCAACAACUUAAUAAUGAUGAUGAUGAAAAUAAUGAUAAGAAUAAUGAUAAUAAUAAUAAUAAUGAUGAUGAUACAAAGACAAAUAAAAAAUCUAUAAAAGAUCAACAAUAUGAUGUAUUAAUUAAAUUGUUGGAUGAGAAUGAUUUACUUCAAGAAUUAUUAUCAAAUAAUCCAAUGUUAUUAGAAUUUUUAAGAGAUGAAAAUGUUUUAAGUAUGUUGGUUGAUAUAGUAAUAUCUGAUGAAUUUAAAAAUACUGAAGAAAAAGAAGAAGUUAAAAAAGAUGAAGAGGACAAACCAAAAGAAGAAACAAAGGAGAUAAAGUUGAAAAAAGAAGAUGAAAAGAAAGAGGAAGAUACAACUACUAAAGACAAAAGCACAGAGACUGAAUUAAAACCUGACAAAGAAACUAAAUCUACGAAGGUAACACCUUCCAAGAAAGACAAGAAUGAUUCCGAAGAUUCUCAAGAUGAAGAUUCACAUGAGGAAGACGAUGAUGACAAUGACGAUGAUGAUGAUGAAGAAGAAGAAGAAGAAGAACUUCCUGAAGACAAAUUUAGGCGAAGAGCAACUUUAGCAUCAGAAGUUUUAAGUGCAGAUGUUUGGUCAUUAACAGAUACAGUAAUGGAAUCAACUUCAAAUUUAAAUAAAUUAUGGGGGGUUUUAGAUAGUAAAGAAUUACUUGAUAUAAAUGUUUCAACUCAUUUUAUGAAAAUUAUGGAACAUUUAUUAGAUAUGAAAUGUGAUGAAAUGAUUACUUAUCUUAUAGAAAAUCAACCAAAUUUAGUUGAUAAAUUUAUAAAUCAUUUAUCAAAUCCUCCUUUAAUGGAUUUUUUAUUAAAAUUAAUAUCAACUGAUAAACCUGAUAAUUCAACUGGUAUAAUAGAUUUUUUACAAAAUCAAAAUUUAAUAUCAAGAUUAAUUAAUGCAUUAGAUGUACCAGAAGAUGAAGAGGAUAAAAAAAUUAAUCAUGAAUUACAAUUAAUAGAACAAAGUUCAGCAGCUGAUUUUUUAAAAGCUUUAAUAACAAUAUCUGCAAAUUCUACUGCUGAUAAUUCAACUAUUGGACCAAAUGAAUUAACAAGAGAGUUAGUUUCAAAAGAACAAAUGACUCGUUUAUGUGAUACUAUGUUAAAAGGUGGAUAUGCUUUAGCAAAUGGAGUAGGUAUAAUUAUAGAAAUUAUAAGGAAAAAUAAUUCAGAUUAUGAUAUUUUACCAGUCUUGUAUAUAACAUUAGAAAGUCAUCCACCAACAGGAAGAGAUCCUAUAUAUUUAGGUCAUUUAUUAAGAGUAUUUGGAGAAAGAAUACUGAAAUUUAAUGAAUUAUUAAUAAAAGAUGAUCUUGAAUCAAAAUUACGUACCCCAUUUGGAGUUAUUGAACCUUUAGGAUUUGAAAGAUUUAAAAUUUGUGAAUUAAUUGCAGAAUUAUUACAUUGUUCAAAUAUGGCUUUGCUAAAUGAUAAUAAAGGAUUUGAUGUUGUAUCUGAAAGAGAUGAAUUAAGAAAUAAAAUGAAAGAAUUUGAUCCAAUAAGUUUUAAAUAUAAUGAAAUCAUUGUAUUGCCUAAUAAUGAAAAUGAAAAUGAAAAAACUACAACUACUACAACAACCACAGAUAAAGAUGAUGAAAAAAAUUCAAAUUCUGAAGAUUCAGGUAAUAAUUCAGCUAAUGAUACAACUGAAAAUUUUAACAAUAUCAAUGAAAUUGGUGAACUUGAUGAAGAAGAACCACAUGCAAAUUCGAAUUUAUCUGAAGAACAAAUACGAUCAAAUCCAGUAGUUGGAGAUUUCUUGAAAAUUGCCCUUUUUGAUACUCAGAUAAUAUCAAAUAUUUUAUCAAUGUUUUUCCGUUUUCCCUGGAAUAAUUUUUUACAUAAUGUUGUAUUUGAUAUAGUUCAACAAGUUUUAAAUGGUUCAAUGGAUAUUGGAUUUAAUAAAUUUUUAGCAAUUGAUUUAUUUCAUCUGGCUGAUAUCACUAACAAAAUUAUUGAAGGUCAAAAAUUAUGUAAUGAUUAUGAAACAAGUCAUAAUGGAUUAAGAUUAGGAUUUAUGGGACAUUUAACUUUAAUAGCUGAAGAAGUUGUUAAAUUUGUACAAUUAUUCCCAUCAAAUACUUUAAGUGAUUUUAUAAAUGAAAAAAUUGAAAGUGAAAUUUGGGAAGAUUAUGUUAAUCAUGUUUUAUAUGAUACAAGAGAAAAAUAUAAUGCAAUAUUGGGAGGUAAUAAUGAAGAUGAUGAAGAUGAUAAAGAUGAAGAAGAAAAUACAACAUUUGAUGAAGGAUUAGGUGAAAUUAUAGAAGAAGUUAAAACAGGUUUAGUUUUUCAUGAUGAUGAUGAUGAAGAAGAGGAUCAUAAAGAAGAUACAAAUGAUAGUUUUGAUAAAGAUGAUGACAAUGAUGACGAUGAUGAUGAUGAUGAUGAUUAUGAAUAUGGUGAUAAUGAACAAAAACACAAGAAAUCUAAAUUAAUUAAAAAGGAAUCACCUAAAAAGGAUUUAUUAGAUAGUGAUGAAUCUGAAUCAGAUGAUGAUGAUCAAUUUUCAAAUUAUAUGUCACAACAAUUAACUAACAAAAAUCAAGAUCGUGAAGAUGAAUUAGAAAGUUCGAGUGAAGAUGAUGAUGAAGAAAUAAAACAUGAUGAUGAAGAUGAUGAUGAUGAAACUGACGAAUAUAUAGAUCCUAAUGAUGAUGGAUUAUCAUAUAAAAAAUCAAAUCCAUUAUAUGAUCAUGAUAAAGAAUUUGCAUUAAAUACAAAGAAAAAAAGCAAAAAUUUCAAAAAGAAGUAUGCAAGUUCAAGCAGUAGUUCAAGUAGUUCAAGUGAUGAUGAUGAUGAUGAUGAGGAAGAAGAAGAAGAUAUAAAACUUGAUCAAUCUGAAACACCAAAAUUAACAAGAUCAUCAAGUAAAAAUUAG